AUGCUCUCAGCCAUGGGCUCCCAUGUGGCCAGCCUCUGGGCAUGGCUCCAUCUCUGGACUCUGCUGCUGGCUGCUGUUACCUUCUUGUUCCUGGCUGACUACCUCAAAAACCAACGCCCCAAGAACUUUCCUCCUGGACCACGACGUCUGCCCUUUGUGGGCAACAUAUUCCAGUUGGACAUGGGGAAAACACACAUAGCAAUCCAGCAGUUUGUGAAGAAAUAUGGGAACAUUCUUAGCCUGGAUCUUGGUAAUGUAACUUCAGUGGUCGUAACUGGACUCCCCUUAAUCAAAAAAGUCUUUACUCACAUGGAACAAGACAUUUUGAAACGCCCUGUCACUCCUAUCCAAGAACGUAUCUCUAAGAACAAUGGAGUGCUCUUCUCCAGUGGCCAGACAUGGAAGGAGCAAAGAAGGUUCGCUCUGAUGACCCUGAGGAAUUUUGGGUUGGGAAAGAAGAGCUUAGAGCAGCGCAUACAGGAGGAGGCCAGCCAUCUUGUGGAGGUUAUAAAAGAGAAGGAAGGACAGCCUUUCAACCCUCACUUCAGUAUCAACAAUGCAGUUUCUAAUAUCAUUUGCUCCAUCACCUUCGGGGAGCGCUUUGAGUACCAAGAUAGUCGGUUUCAGGAGAUGCUGAGGCUACUGGAUGAGGCCAUGUGCUUGGAGGCAUCAAUGAUGUGCCAGAUCUACAAUAUUUUCCCAUGGAUAAUGAAAUAUCUUCCUGGAUCUCACCAAACAGUUUUCAGAAACUGGGAAAAACUGAAAUUGUUUGUUUCUUCUAUGAUUGACAAUCACAGGAAAGAUUGGGAUCCUGAUGAUCCAAGAGAUUUCAUUGAUGCUUUCCUCACAGAAAUGACAAAGUACCCAGAGAAGACUACAAGUUUCAAUGAAGAAAAUCUUAUCUGGACAACUCUGGACCUCUUCCUUGCUGGAACAGAGACAACAUCCACAACCCUGCGCUGGGCUCUGCUCUACAUGGCUCUCUACCCAGAUGUCCAAGAAAAAGUACAGUCUGAGAUUGACAGGGUGAUUGGCCAGAUGAGACAAGUAAGCCUGGCCGACCGAGAGUCCAUGCCCUACACCAAUGCUGUCAUCCAUGAGGCACAGAGAAUGGGAAACAUUGUCCCCUUCAAUGUUCCCAGGGAAGUGUCGAAGGACACCAGUUUGAAUGGAUUCCACUUGCCAAAGGGCACCAUACUAAUAACCAACCUGACUGCACUACACAGUGACCCCAAAGAGUGGGCCACCCCGGAAUCCUUCAAUCCAGAGCACUUUUUGGAGAAUGGACAGUUUAAGAAGAGAGAAUCCUUUCUGCCUUUCUCAAUGGGAAAGCGAGCUUGCCUGGGAGAACAAUUGGCCAGGUCUGAGCUGUUCAUUUUCUUCACUACUCUUUUGCAAAACUUUACCUUCAAGCCCCCAAUCAAUGAGAAGCUGAGCUUGAAGUUCAGAAAUGGCCUCACACUCACUCCAGUCAGUCACCGCCUCUGUGCUGUCCCCAGAUUGUGA